AUGCAUUCAGUUAUAGAAUUUCUGUCUCUAUACUUUGAUACACUGAUUUCAACUAUCAGAUCAUGGAUAGAAUAUGUGAGCCCUCGGACUCCGUACUUGAGCCUCAUCAAAAACCUCAAUACCCAACACGCGAGUGUUCAUAAACUACAAUAUAUGAUCCACGAAGAUGGAGCAGGAUCAUGGCCGCCACAGGCAUCGUAUCGAGAUUCUUGGCCACCGGAACUUCAACCGUACCAUGAUACCUUCGUUAAGCUAGCUCCUUUAGUCCCGGUUUUGGAUCCUUCAAUGGAGCCAGAUAUCAAUGCGGCAAGAAGAGAUGAGUAUCGCCAAAGAGUACAAAAGCUCCUGGAACAAAGCAUAGAUGUUGCGGAAGUGACAUCUUUACUUUCGGCGGCCGUGGGCAAGGAAUCCUCUGUCAUGACGAACGAAGCAUUCAAUGGCUUCUAUGCAUGCAUAAGUGCCUUGAGACAUGCUUACAGAUGGGGCACUGUGCCAGUUGUUAAAAUAGUGCAGGAGGAAAAGAUCGUCAAAUUCCCUACCGAGAUUGAUGUUCCUUGGGAUUUUAUCUGUCAGAGAUAUGGAAUAGAAUCAGGAGGAGGCAACACGAUGUCUAAUUUUCACUGCAACUUUGACAAGAAGAAUGGAAGAGUUAUCUAUGCGAUUAAUGGUAGCUUGCCUGAGCCUAUACCCUCUGCCGAGUACAAUUUGAUAUACGCAUUCACCGAGCCAGAGAGAAAGGCACUUCCCACGUACUAUCACAUAGUUCAGUCGAUAAUUUGUUACGAAGAAAAUCGCAUUAAUGAAUGCAUCCAGCAUAUGGAUAAGAUCAUACCCCAUCUUAAAUCCGCCUUCAAGAUUUACUAUGAGUAUAUCGUUGAUUCAAAGAUCCCCUACAGCGUCUUCACAGCCUACAUACAAGGGUUUCACGGCUGGGCAGCAGGAGAGAUAAUCAACGGGGAGUAUGUUGAGUAUGACGGUACUUCCGGUGCUAAUUUGGUCAUGUUCGUCAUGCUUGACUACUACCUUGAACUUAAGCCAUUUCUGAAAGAAGACGACUUUCCUAAAUACUUUUCAUCUGCUCAGAGGUCAUUCCUUGCCUCUAUCAAAGCGAACUCUUUCAGAACAACGUCGACAAAAGCUGGACAUCUCGAUGUUAUGAAGCAAUUCGAGACCUUAGCAAAGCAAUUGCGGGUAUGUUUUUCGAUUCACAUUGAGAUAUCUUUUCUGACUUUCCUCACUUGCAGACUUUCCGCAGUGCACAUAGAAAGCGUACUAGGAAAUAUAUCAGUGUCGAGCGACCUGAAAGAGUAA